AUGGCUACACCAUUGCACGCACUGCCGUUACCCAAUCAACCACCCAACUUCUCACCUCACUUCCACAUUCUGUGCAGCCCCUCUGGUGAUGCCAGCCGCGGCGUGUUCAGCGGGCGUACGGGGAGCUAUCGUGUGACGAGCCCUGUCAGCGGCACCACCUACCAGGUCUUGAUGCGCCGCGCGCUGACUGCACGCCAGGCCACACUCCUGAUGCGUACAGGGCGCCUCUAUGCGUCCCGCGGCACCUCCGCCAAGGCGAUUGGCGGCGGCGCCGACAGCGACGACAGCGACGCAUUCAGCAUUGGUGACAUUGUGGGCGGCGGUGACAUGACAGCGGCCGCUGUGCUGGGCCCAUCGCACCCCAUUUCCAUGCCGAGCAGCGGGCGUCCGUCGGACACUGGCAACGGCUCAGAGGCGGGCAGCUCGGUUCUGGGCGGCGUCAAGCCGCUGCCACUCAGGGGAAACGGCGCCUCCCACCGGGCCCAGCGCGAGGGACAAAUGGCUCUGCGCCUGCUGCGCGAGCUGCUCAAGCGCGACUACGCCGUGGGCUACCUCUUCCUCAGCUGGCUGCUGCGGACGUCAUGGACGCUCAUGCCCGCCGUGGCAACGCUGAUGGGCCUGCCCAACCCCGCCGAGAAAGCGCGGCGCCAGCUGCCGGCACUGCUGGCCUGGCUGGCGGCUGCCGGCCUCGACGACAACGGCACUGGCGAAAACGUUCGCCGCGCUGAGGCGCUCGCGGCGGCCCUCACGCCUGAGCAGCUGGAGGAGCUGGGCCGCAGCCUGCAGGGGCCCACGGCUGCGCUUGCUGUUUUUGCACAGUUUGUGCGCGCGCAACAGGCGCUAGAGGGCGCACCGGCCACGGUAGAGCAGGUUGCCGCAUACAUGCGGGCCGAGGAGCGACUCGCGGCACUCUUCCCUGACAUCAACCUGCGCACCAACCUUGCCGCGGGCGUCGUCGGCGGGGCCGCGACGGCCCAGGCGGGCGCCAAUGCCGCUUCUGCCGUGGGCGACGCUGGCGUCGCCGCCAAGGACGCUGAGGUGGCGGCCGCAGCCGCGGCUUCGCCGCUUGUCGCGUCGCCGCUCGGCGCUCUCGGCUCGCGCAUCGCUGCGGCGCUGUCCUCGCUGACGCAGGGUGCCUUAGGCGCGGGCGCUGCGCCGCGCGUGUCGCAGCUGCGCGAGCUGCGCAUGCGGCUGCCGACGACGGCGGACAGGUCGGCCAUGCUGUCUCAGUACGGCGUUUGGCUGGGCGGCCUGCGGGAACAGCUGUUGUCGCAGCACCUGGACGCUCAGGCGCAGCUGGUUGCACUGCGCGUGGAGCUGGAGAGCGCGUCAGGGGACCUGGCACGCUCGCAGGGGGCAGCCACAGCCAUCCAAGAGCAGCUGCAGGCUCUGGAUUCAGCCAAGUGGAGUGCCCUGGCCAAGUACGAAGAGGCGCAGAGGGUGCUGGCACGCCUGCAGCGCGAGUCCCGGGGAGAGCCCAGCCACGGCCGGCAGCAAGAAGCGCCGUCCGUGGCGGCCGCCCGGCUGGACGCCGCCGCUGCGGAGAGCAGCGCCGCCGACGCCAAGGACCGCGUGCAGCAGCUCGCCGCAGAGAAGGAUCGGCUCCAGCGCGACAACUCACGCCUGGCCGCCCGUGUCGCUGAGCUGCAGGCCGCGUGCGCGGCUGCCGCCGUCAUCGCCGCGCGGCAGGCCGCGGCUGGCGCCGACCUGGAGCGCGGCGUCGCGGAGCUUGCGGCCAUGGCUGGCGCGGCGGGAGACGUGCAGCAGCACGUGGAGAUGGUUGAAGAGGAGCUGCGCCUGCUGGCCGAAGCGAUCAACGGGCAGCUCAAGAGCGCCGAGCGGCGCGCCGCGGCCGCCGUGGCCGCGCCUCCCGGCAGCCAGAGCAGCCUGAUUGCCAGCGCGCACGCAAUCUUGGAGAGCGCUGAGCAGCUUGUUGCCGAGUCUGAGGGCGCCGCGGGCGCGAGCGCGGGGCCGCGGCUGCCGCCGCUGCCAGCCGGGGCAAGCGCCGCGCAGCGGCUGCUUUGGGUCAACAGCGCGGCGGACGCGCUGGGCCACGCGCUGCAGGGCGUCAUCUCCAAGUCGCAGGAGGGGGCGGUCGCGGCGGCGGCGGGCCUGGACAAGGUGUCGGAAGUGUUUGGGGCCGCGCCAGGGCUGCCUGGCAUGGACGAUUUCCUGGGGGACCUCAUCAAAAGCAGCGAGCUGCAGGCGGCAGCCAAUGGCGCCUCCGUGCAGCCUCCUGCGGACGCCCCUGCUGUGGCAGCGGCAGCGCCCGAGGCUGCUGCUGCUGCUGCUGCAGCGGCGGCGGCGGCGAGUUCCAGCGGCAGCCUCAGCGGCCUCAGCGGGGACGAUGUGGCGGACGUUGACUCGCCCGUCACGCUUUGGCUGCGCCACUGGUCGGCGGCGCCCGGCUGGGACGCCAAAGCCGCGUGGCUGCAGGACUGGGCGCGCGCCCAGGUGGCGGAGGGCAAGCGGCGCGUGCCGCAGGAGGUGCGCGCUGCGGGCGGCAAGGCGGUGAAGGAGCUCAAGGAGAAGGUGCUUGCCGCUUUCACCAUUGUGGUCGGCCUCAGCGACAAUCUUUGGCCGGACGACGACGGCGCCGACGGCGGUGGCAGCGGCGGCGGCUCUGCGGGCAAGGGCGCGGCCAAGGAUAGCGAGCCCAUGGUCCAGGGGGAGUAUGGCGCCGACGGCAGCGGCAUGGAGGGUGGCGGUGCCGGGGACGGCGGGGACGCCGGCAAGGGCAAGGGUGGCGGCGGUGGUAGCGGUGGCGGCGGCGGCGGCGGCGGCGACUCUGGGCCUAGCGACAACAGCGCGGGCGGCGGGGACGGUGCCGGCGGCGCUGGCGGUGGCGGCGAUGGAGGCAACGGGGGCAACAACGGAGGCGGUGGCCCGCCUGGCGGGGACCCGUUUGACGGUUUUGAUCAAUUCCCAUCCGGCGGCUUUGACCCGGUUGUUGUGCUGCCUGUGGCCCUAGCAGCUGCGGUCUCACUGGCGGCCAGCCUGUUUGGCGGCGGCAAGCGCGCCGGCUCCCAGCCCAACUCUGCGGUUGCCACGCGCGCCGCAUCGCUGACGGCCGAGGUUGAAGCGGCCGUGCAAGCCGCGCGUGGCGCUGGUGCGGAGGCUGCCCAGGGCGCCACCACCGGCAGCCACGCAGUGCCUAACGCGGCGCGCUCGGCCCGCGAGAAGCAGGCACGCGCGGCCGCGGCGGCGUUUGUGCCAUCGGCCGUCGAGCUCUUGUCGCCGGCGGUGUUUGUCGGCGGCGUUGAGGUGCUGGUGGCAGCCGACGAGGCUCUCCAGAUCUCAGCCGGCGCUGAGACUAUGCGCAGGCAGCUGGCAGCGGCGCGGUACGAGACGCACAUGGCCGCUCCGGCGGCGGUGCCUAAUUGGGCCGCCCGCAGUGGCAGCGGCCACAACUCGGGAGUGCCGGCUGCAGCCGGCGCUGAUCGGGAUCGCUCCGAAAUGCUUCCUGACCUGGACCCCAGCCGGCUGCAGCACCUGACCUGGGCAGAGCUGGACGCCCUGCCGCAGGCAGCGCAGACUGAGCUGCUCUCGCUGCGCCAGGAGGCACAGGCGGCGCGCUGCGAGCGCCGCGCGCUGAGGCGGCGGCUGCGCGAAGUGGAGGGGGUGCUACAGGAGCGGGACACUGAGUUGGCGGCAGCGCAGGCGCGCGGCGCUACGCUGCAGGGGUGGCUCAAGGCGACAGUCUCCAAGGCGUCCGCCAUCGUCGACGCCAUCUCAUCUAAGGACGGAGAUGCCGCCCAUGCCGCCGCCCGCGCCUUCUCCAAGGCCCUCCACCUCGGCGCCUUCGGCCCCGACAGCGCCGCAGCCGCGACAGCGUCUGCAGCCGCCGUCGCCGCAGCGGCCGAGCGCAGCCGCCUGGCAGCGCGCGUCGCCGCGCUGACGGCGCAGCUGGAGGCGCAGCAGGAGGCGUCGGACUGGCGCAUCUCAGACCUGGAGGGCCGCGUCGGCCGCGCGGCGCAGCUGCGCGCGGUCGGCGACGAGCGCAUGUCGCGCCAGCUGUCCGAGGCAAGGGCGGGCUCGUUGGCGCUGGAGGCCCUCAUGAGCGACCUCCUCGCCCAGGUGGCCGACGCCCGGGAGGCGGCCGAGCGCGAGGGCGUGCGUGCUGCGCAGGCGGAGCGGCUGGCGGGCGAGGCCAGCGCACAUGCGGCAGCGCUCGAGGCGCGGCUGGCCGAGGCGUGCGCGGCCAUCUCGGCGAGGGAGCCGUUCGUCUCGGCUUUGGAGGCAGAGCUGGCGCAGGAGCGCACCCGCAGCGUAGCCGCCGAAGCGAUGCUGCGCAGCCGCCUGGACCAGGCGCGAACAGCCCUGGACGAGAGCUCCGCCGCCCUCGCUAGCGAGCAGGAGGCCGCGGCCGCUGCGGCAACGUCAGCCAGCGAGGCGCUGCUGGAGGCGCGCCGCUCGGCCGAUGCGCUCGCGGAUGAGCUCCGCUCCACGCAGGCUGCGUUGGCCGCCGCCGGGCCCGUCGCCCAGGCGACCUCUCAGCUGCAGGAGCGCGUCGGCGAGCUGGAGCGGGGUCUAUAUGAGGCCGACGCCCGCCUGGCUGCUGAGGAACAGGUUGCUGCUGCCGCCAAGGCGGCAAGCGACGCGCAGAUCGGGGCGCUGGAGGCGCAGGUGGCAGAGCUGGAGGCCGGCAAGCAGGCAGCUGAGGCGGAGCUGCAGCGUGCGCGAGCGGAUGCAGACAAGCAGUUGACAAACCUCCAGGACAGUGCGGACGCCCAGCAGCGCGACGCCGCCGGCCUCCUCGUCGCCGCGCAGCGCCAGCUCGCAGAGCACACCGCCACGGCCGACGCCGCCCGCGCGGCGCUCGAGCUGAGCCGCGAGCAGGUGGCCGCCGAGCUCGAAAACGCGCGCCGCGGCUUCCAGGGCUUCACCUCCAGCCUGGAGCGGGAGCUCUUUGAGGCGCGCUCAGCGGCUGGCGCCGCCGAGGCCGCGCUCCGGGCUCAAGCCACGGCGGCACAGGCUGCGGCGGACGCCGCCGACGCUGUGCGGCGGGAGGCGGCGGCGGCUCUUGCGGCGGCGCGGGCUGACGCAGCCGCCGCGCACGCCGAUCUGCAGGCCGCGCAGCAGCAGGCACACGCCGACGCCCAGGCGGCGGCGGAGCGCGCGGCACUGCUGCAGUCUGAGGUCGAGGCUGUCAAGGCGUCUGCACUGGCAGAAUCUGCAGCGCUCCAGGCCUCCCUUGCUGACAAGGACUCGGCCCUCAGCGCCCGCGACGCCGAGCUCGCGACCAGCGCGGCUGCGCUUGCAAAGAGCGACGCGGCCGUUUUGGAGGCACAAGCCGGGUUGGAGGCGGCCAGGGCGGACGCAGCGGCGGCAAGAGAGCGCGCCGCCUGCGACACGGCGGAGCUGGAGGCCCAGCUGAAGCGUGCCAGGGAUGAGUCUGCAGCAGCCAGUGACAUUGCUCAGGCACGCAUCGCCUGCCUGGAGAGCGAACUUGCCGACGCCUGCGCGGCAUCUGAGGCGGCGCUUGCGGGGUCCGCCGCGGCAGCCCUCCUGCGCGCGCCGGCCGGCGCCGCGACUACCACGGCCGCCGUGACCCGCCUGGCGGCAGCCAAGGCGACGGCUGUGGCGGCGGCGGCCGCGAGCGCGAUAGAGGCUGCAUCAACUGCGGCGCAGCUGGCCUGCCUUCACGAGGAGCUGGCAGCCAUCGAGGCCAAGGCGACGGAUGCUGCUGCCAAGCGCGAAGCCGCGCAGCAGCUGGCGCAGGAUAUGCAGCAGCGAGCUGGUGAGGAGGAGACGCGCGCUGCCCUGCUGGAGCGGCAGCUGGUCGAGGCCCUCAACAACGCCCGCGCGGCGCAGGCCUGCCUAGACGCGGCGCAGCAGCAGGCGCAGGCCGAGGCAGCUGCUAUGGCAGCAGAAAUGUCGUCACUGCAGGCUGAGCUGGACGCUGCCCGGGCUGCUGCACAGGCGGAAGUGCAAGUGCUGAACGAGCAGCUGACCGAGGCACGCCGCCAAGCGGAAAUAGGGGCAGCCGAGGCUGCCAGCAGCGUGGCCGCAGCGCAGCAGGAAGCCGAGCGCGCUUGCCGGCGAUGCUUGGAGCUGGAGGAGCGGGCCGCCACAGUUGUGGGCAGGGCGGCGGCGGCAGAUGCGGCUUUUGAGGCGCAGCUCGAGGAUGCACUUGAGAGCGCAGCGGCCGCUGAGCGGGUGGCCGCGCAGGCGCGAGAAGCGGCCGUGCAGACAGCUGCCCAGCUCGACCUUGCUAGGAAGGAGCUGGCCGCCGCGCGCACUGCCCAGGAGGCGUCGGCCAGCGCGGCAGCCGCCAAUCUCGUGGCCGAACAGCUGCAGCUGGUGCAGGCGACCGCCAGGGGCGAGGAGCUGCGGCAGCAGUUGGAGGCGGCACAGGCGAAGGUGGAGGCCCUGCAGAGCGAGCUGUCCACGGCGCUUGCGACUGCAGCGGCUGACGCGGCCAGCACGCGCACAUCGCUGCAGACAGCCGCGUCAGAGGCAGAAGGGGCGGCGGCGCGCAUCAUGGCGCUGCAGGCAGAUCUGGACGCCGUGCGCUCCGCGUCGCAGGGUGAGGCAUUGGGCCUGGCACAACAGCUGUCGGCCGCUCGGGCAGAAGGCCAGGCUGCAGCGGAGACCGCUGCUGCCACUCUGGCGACUGCGAAGCAGCAGCUGUGUGUGGUGGAGGCCCAGUGCGCCGUGCUGCAGCAGCAGGUGGAAGACGAGGCAGCCAGAGCAGCCACCCUGGAGGGCGACCUGUCAGCAGCACACGCUGCGACCGCAGCUGCACAAACGCUUGCCGAGGCUGCAGAGGCGGCUUCCACCACCCUGCAGGCCGAGCUGGGCGCGGCGCUCGCAGCGUCUGCAGCUGCGGCUGAGCAGCUUGAACAGUCGGGCAUCGAGCUGUCCGCUGCAAAGGCUGCCAGCGAUGCGGCUGCAAUUGCCAAUGCUUCAGCGGCGGCAGCACACGCUGCCAAGGCCGCGCAGAGCGCAGAGGAGCUGAGCGCCUUGCGAGGACAGCUUGCUGACGUGUGCGCUGCGGCGCAGGCGGCGGCCGCACAACGCGACGCAGCAGAGCAGGCAGUCAACACAGCGUCAGCAGAGGCAGAGCAGCUGCGCAUCAGGGUAGAGGAGGUCCAAGCGCAGGCACAGGCGCUGCAGAAGCAGUUGGUUGCCACUGUGGCUGAGUCGGCAAAGUCGCAGGAGCAGCUGUCAGCAACAGUGGCGGAGCUUUCCGCCACGAAAGCAGCGGCCGAGGCAGUGGCAUCUGGAAAGGCUGCAGAGCUGGAGGUCCUCGCCGUCCAGGCAGCGCAGGCGGCGAGCAGCGCCGCUGAGCUGGCAGGCAAACUCGCGGACGGUGAGGCAGCCAGGGCCGCGGUGGAAGCCGCGCUUGAGGCGGUCCGCGAGGAGCUGGCCGCGGCCAAGGCGGCGGCAGAGGCAGCGACUUCUCAGAGCCAGGCCGCCCGCGAGCAGCAGGCGGCUGAGGCGGCGCAGGAGGCCCAGGAGCUGCAUGCUGCUGCUGAGGACGCGCGGGCCCGCGCGGACUGCUUGCAGCAGCAAGUGGCAGACGCCCUGGCGGCUGCCGCCGCAGAGACUGCCAAGGUUGCGGUGGCCCAGGAGCAGCUUGCCGUGGCCCAAGACCAAGCCGGAGCAGCGUCCAGCGCGGCUGCAGCUCUUGAGGCGGAACUGCGCGCUGACUUGGCAGCAAUGAGGUCAGCGUCUCAGGGGCAAACGACUGACCUGGCCGUGCAGCUGGCGGCAGCACGCUCUGAGGGCGUGACUGCUGCCGCUACGGCUGCUGCCAGCCUGGCAGCGGCUGAGGAGCAGCUGGCAGGUGCAGAGGCCCGCUGCUCUGAGCUUGUGCAGCGGUUGGAGGAGGCGUCUGCCAGGGCUGUGACGGCGGAGAGCGACCUGGCCCUAGCCCGUGCUGCUGCUGUUGAGAACAAGUCAGCGGCCGAUGCAGCCAGCAAGGCCGCUGCCGACGCAGCUGCGCAUGCGGCCUCCGAGCUGCAGGCAUUGAAGGAGCAGCUGGCUGGAGCAGAGGGGCACUGCGCUGAGCUGCAGCACGAGGUGGAAGAAGCGGUUGCCAGGGCUGCGGGUCUUGACAGCAGCCUGGCCGCAGCCCGCUCUGCUGCUGUUGAGGUGCAGGCUGCAGCCGAUGCAGCUGCCAUCGCCGCGGCUGGCGCGGCUGCCGUAGUUGCAGCGGCACACGCGGCCGAGCUUUCACGCGCCGCGGUGGACCUGCAGGCAGCCGAAGAGAAGCUGGCAGCUGCCGAGCAGGCUAUGGCAGGUGCGCGCCAGGCGGCUCAGCGUGCAGCCGGGUCCGCAGCUGCCGAGAACCAGCAGCUCCAGGAGCACAUUGAGGAUAUGGCAGCUACCAUCGGAUCCCUGGAAAAGCAGCUGGCAGCGGCCGUUGCCGCCGCCGACAAGGUGGCCGGCGAGGCCCAGGAAGCUCGCGAAAAGGCCACGGCAGAUGCAGAGGCGGCAGCGAAGCUGUCCUCAACGCUGCAGCGCGAUCUUGAGGCCGCCCGCACUGCUGCUGAGGGCGCCAACGCCGCAGCCGAGGUCGCAGAAGCAGCCUCAGCUGCGCUGCAGGCGCAGGUUGCUGCUGCUCAGGCUGAUGCCGCGGCGGCUGCCGAGCGGCUGGCGGUGACGGCUGGUGAGCUGGACGCAGCAAAAGCAGCGGCGCACGCGGCCGUGGACGCAGCAGCAGUCGCCGAAGCAGCGUACAGUGCUGAUCUGCUUGCUGCUCACGCGCAGCUGGCCGCCGCAGUCCAGAGUGCGGCAGAAGAGCGAGACGCGGCGCAGCAGGCAGCGGAGGCCGAAGCCGCAUGCACACAACAGCUGCAGGCUGAGCUGCAGGGAUCCCAAGCCGCAGUCGUUUCCCUGCAGGAGCAGCUGGCAACAGCCACUGCAGCUGCCCUGGCUGGCAAGGACGAGGCUCGGGCCAUGCAGGAGAAGGUGGUGGCAGACGCAGAGGCGGCGGCAGCACGCAUCGCGGCCCUGCAGGCCGAUCUCGACAUUGCUACCACAGCCGCCGUCGCCAAACACGCCGCUUUGGCCGAUCAGCUGUCGGCGGCUUGUGCCGAGGGCGCGGCUGCAGCGGCCGCAGCUGCUGCCAGCCUUGCGGCGGUGCAGCAGCAGCUGUCAGCUUCAGAGGCACGGAGGUCCGAGCUGCAGCAGCAGGUGGACGCUGCUGCUGCCCAGGCAGUGACCCUGCAGUGCGAACUGGAGGCGGCGAGGUCAGAGGUGGCGUCCACUGCAGCUGAGCGUGUGUCUUUGCAGCAGCGGAUUGACGAGGGCAUGGCAGCUGUCGCCGGUCUGCAGCAGCAGCUGGCUGAUGCGCUGGCGGGCGUUGCAGCUGCGCACUCCGAACUGGAGGCCGCCCAGCAGCAGGCCCGCAGCGACGCCCAGGUGUCGGCCGAGCGCGUGGUGCAGCUGGAAUCGCAGGUGGCAGCGGUCGCAGCGGCUGCUUCAGCAGAGUCCGCGGCUCUAGUGGACCAGUUGGCGGACGCCCAAACUGGGCACAGUGCUGCGCAACAGCAGCUGGCGGCCGCAGACGCUCGGUGCACAGAGCUUCAGGCCGCUUGCGACGCGGCUGAGGCCCGGCAGGCGGCCCUGGAAUCAGAGCUGUCAGAGGCGCGCGCUGCAUUGGAAGCUGCGGAGGCUGCCGCAUCGGCUGCUGAGCAAGCUACCCGACUAGCCGCAACCGCCGCCGCUGAGCGGGUUGCCGCGCUGGAGGAGGAGGUGCGGGCGUCUGCGGCCCGCGCCGACAUGCUCGGCCAGCAGCUGCAGGCGGCGCAGGUCGCAGCCGAGCAGGAGCGGCUGCGUGCCAACGUCAGCGACGCGCGGGUGGCUGACCUGGAGGCUUCCCUGCGCGGGCAGAAGGCCGCUGGCGCGACGGCCCUUGACGCUUUGACUCGUGAUCUGGACAGCACCAAGCUGGAGCUGUCGUUUAAGGUGCAGGAAAUUGACUCGGCAAUUGAGGCCCUCCGCGCGCUGGUCACUGGCGGAGGCAGCGGCAUGCUUAUCGCGGCGCCCGUCGGCGGCGCCGAGGGCUCCGCCGCGGCGGCCGCCGUGGCGGCGGCAUGGGAUUCCGCCACAAGCAGCCCGCUUGGAGGGCGCGCACGGCGCAGCGCGGCGGCGGCGCCGCUCACGCUUGCGGGAGCCGCGCAGGCCGCGGCCGCUCUGCUCAAGGAGCACGACGCCUUGCUGUCCCAGCUGGGCAAGCGCGUCGCAGACGGUCAGGAGGAGAGCGCGGGCCUCGGCCAGCAGCUGGCCGACGCCCGCGCCGCCUCUGGCGCGUCUGCGGCUGCUGCGGCGGCGGCAGCAGCGGCGAUGCAGCAGCAGCUGGCGGGGCAGAGGGCGCGUGUGUUUGAGCUUGAGGACGAGCGCGACACGCUGGCUGCUGAGCUGGAGGCCGCGCAGCAGCAGCUUCACCGCGCCGAGGCCGCGGCCCAGACGGCUGCCGCCGCGGCAUCGCAGUCGAGCCAGCGCGCUGCGGAGGCCGAUGCGGCGCGCACGGCGGCGGCUGCCGAGGCGGAGGAGGCAGUGGGGCGCGCCGCGGCGGCCGAGGCAGCGCUGCAGUCGGCCGCAUGCCAGCUGGACGCGGCCCGCGGUAGUGCCGAGUCCCUCGCGGCGGCCGAGGCGCAGGCACGCAAAGAGCUGCAGGACCUCGACAACCGCCUGCGUGCAAGCGGCGCGGCGCGCGCGGCCGCUGAAUCCGAGGCCGCUGCGGCGCGUUCCGAGGUGGCAGCGGCGCUCAAUGACAAGGAACGGGCGUCAGCACUGGUGGUUGAGCUGCAGGGGCGGCUGUCGGAGGCGACGUGGCGGGUGGAGGCAGCCGACGCGCAGGUUGCGGCCGCAGGGCAGCAGGUGGAGGCGGCGCGGGCCAGCGAGGCGGCUGCGCUUAAGAAGAUCCGGGAGAGGGAGGAGGACGAGGCAUCCUUCGCCCUGAGCCGCGUCAACGCCACAGCCGGGAGCGACAGCAACGACGGCUGGCGGCUUGGAACUCGCGCUGUGCCGGACGGCCCCCACAUCCCGCACCACGGCUUUGCGCUCGGCGCGUCUCGCGACGCGAGCCUCGGCGGCAUGGCCAGCGCGCACAGCGGCAGCAUGGGCGGCUCACCCAACGCGGCUGAGGCGGAGCGGCAGCUGGAGCGCGCGGAGAGGCUGGAGGUGUCGCUGGCAGACGUGCGGGGGCGCAUCGCCGCGCUGGAGGAGGACGUGCUGGCGUUGCAGUUUGCAGCUGACGCUCCAGAGGAGGUCGCAGACCUGCCGAGCAUCCACACCACGAUUGUGACCCUUCGCCGGGCGGCCGCCGCGGCUCAGCAGCAGGCAGCCGCUGCCCAGCAGCAGGCCGCGGCUGCCGGCCGCCUCAGCCUGCUCGGCCCUGCAACCCAGCGCCACGCGGCCGCGCAGAGCGCCUCGUCAGCCGGCCACGGCGCACUGGCGUCUGCCAACCUCGGCCUCAGCGGCACCCUGUUCACGGGCGGCAGCGCGGUCGAGGCGGGCGGCGCCCAGCUCAGCGUGCUGAAGGACGGCCUGAACGCGUGGCACGACAGGGACGCGCGCGCCAGCGACGCGCGCCACAGCUUGCUGCAGCAGAUCAGCGAGGACGGGUCAGCGUUGCCCGCGCCUGCAGGCCGCCCGUCGGCAGCGUCGGCCGCAGGGGGGGCUCCGCGCCGUGUGCACGGCCUCGCCUCGCCGCGCGGCUCGAUCGGGCCGGUGGGCUUGGGCGCGCCGCUGCCGGCCGCGGCCGCGGCCGCGCUCCAGACGAGCGUGCAGCUGCGGUCCAUGCUGGCUUCGGCCGAGGCGGGCGAUGACGAGAUCGGCCGCAUGCUCCGCGACCUGACCGCCACCGGCACCAGCGCCGCGCCGCUGGCCGCCACGGCCGCGGCCGCGGCCAGGCCGCAGACCCCCGCCGGCGCAGGCGCGCCCGCGCCCGCGCCUGUGGCCUCUGCAGCGCUGCCGGGUUCUGAUGGGCCGUCGGCGGCCGCGGCCCGGCCGGCGUCGCUGCUGUCGAUCCAGGCGGCGCUGGACCAGGCGGGCAGCCUCGACGAGAUCCAGAGGAUCAUCAGCAGCGCGCUGGCCCCCGACGACGCAGGGGCAGCCAAGGCCCAGGCUCUGGGGGCACAGCCCGUCGGCGGGAACGACGGCGACCACGGCGCGAGCGCGCGCGCGCACGCCGCGGCCGCCGAGGCACAGGCGCGCGAGCUGCGCGCGAGCUGCGCCGCCCUGGCCGACGAGCGCGCGGGCCUGCAGGAGCGCGUCCGCCGCCUCGAGGCCGCCGCCGCCGCCAGCAGCGCCGAGCGCACGCAGAGCAGCGAGGCCGCCGAGGCGGCGCGGGGGCUGGCGGCGGCGGCGGAGGCCGCGAGGGCGGAGCUGGAGGCGCGGCUGUCUGCUCUGGCGGAGGAGAACGCGCGGCUGCUGGACAUGAGGGGCCAGCUGGAGGACGACCUGGUGGUGGCGCAGGCGUUUGGCCAGCAGCUGGGCGCGCUGCGCGAGGCCAACGCGGUGCUGCAGGCGCAGCUGGACGAGGAGCUGCGGGACGCGGAGGAGGAGCUCGCGCGCACGGCCGAGGAGCGCGACGAGCUGCGCGCCGCGGCCGCACCCCUGCGGGCGCGGCUCGCCGCGGCGGAGGCCGAGUGCGCGGCGCUGCGCGCGCAGGUCGAAGGGGCGGGCGGGGAGGCCGGCGGCGGCUCGGCGGGGGCGGAGGCCGAGCGGCUGCGGGCGGCGUGCGGUCAGCUGACGGCGCGCUGCGACGAGCUGGCUGCGCAGCUCGCGGCGGCACGCGCUGAGCUGGACGCUCUCAGGGCAGCCGACGGGCGGCGCGCGUCCCGGCGGCCCGCGGCCAGCGUCGCUGUAGGCGUCGGGACGGAUGGCGCGGCUGUGGCCUCGGUGGGCAUCAGUGCAGACGCCAUGCUUUCUGCGGCGUCCACCCUUAGCGGCGGGCUCAACGAGACAAUGCUGGCGCUCGAGCAACAGAUGGUGCCAAGUGUGCUGCCGCGCGUGUCGGAGCUCAAUCCCCUCCAGGUGCCGCUGGCCUUUGAGGGCGACAUGUUCCUGCAGGACAUGGCCCCCAGCCGCAUGGUGUGCUCCAACCCCGAGGCGCUGUCGAGCCAGCCCCACAAGCCAGAGUCUGAAGAGGAUUACCUCUACUACAGCCGCCCCGCCAACAUGGCCGGCAGCUGCGACGACGCCGCUCACCACCGCCCCGCGCUACCCAGCCAGGAGCAGGACGAAGAGGCCGCCGCAGCCUUGAGGGCAGCCCACUACCAGCAGCUGCUUGAGCAGCAGCCGCCGCAGCCGCAGCCGCAGCAAGCCGCACAGCAGUCGGCGGGCGCACAGGCGCUGCGCCAGCGACUUGCGCUGCUGCGCACGCAGAGCAUGGGGCGGCCCGUCGCUGGGCAGCCUUUUGCACCAGCCGGCAACGGACGCGCUCUCCAGGUUGGACAGGUGUUUGAUGGGGAGGCGUCACUGCCAAAGAGCCAGGCAAACAGCAGCGGCGGAGCAGGCAGCCCGAAGGCCACCGUUGUUCGUGAGUAUGGCGGCGCUAGCGCUGGUGCCAGCCCUCGCAGCAUAAUUGGCGCUGCCCCGAGCAGAUCUGCGGUGUCCCCGCUGCCGUCCCCAGGCGCGCGCUCCAGCGCCAGCAGGAUCCCUCGAGGAGCCGCUCAGAGCACUGGCCAGACCGGCGCAACGAGUAGCCCCCAGAAUGCGGCUGGUGCGCAGGUCUUCGCCAGCCCGCGCGGCGGGGCGGCCAUCAGCCCGAUCAGCGUGAGCGGCCCCGUGCACAGCCGCGUGACCGUGCUGAGUGCACCACCAUCACCUGGCGGGACCGGUGCUUUGCGCUCCCCUCGUUCGCUGGCGGGCACGAUGGCGCCAGCUGUUGCCGCGCAGUCUGUCGGCGGCGACAAGACUUCAGGCAUCAAAAAGGCAACGACUGUGCUGCGCGGCAUGGCAACUGCCGCGCGCGGAGGGGCAGCUGCGGGUCAUGCAGCCUCCUCGGCCAGCCGCACCUCAGGGCCGCCCCGCAAGUCGGCGUUUGCUGUCGGCGAGGCAGCAAGCAGCUCAACCACCGCUGCAGGCGCUGCUGGCCGGCUGGGGCCGCGCCCAUCAGACGGCAGCGAGCAGGGCGGGAACACCACGUUCGGCAAAUUGGCUGGCAUCUUGGCCAAGAAAAAGUAA